AUGCCAUCGUUUCCAGACACGACCGGUCGGCCUUCGGACGCCACAGUAGAUACGCCUCUGCUCACAAAAGGCCACCGAACAGACAAUGCUGCAGACUUGGACACUGACUCGGCGUCAAUCCCGUCCUAUACCUCGGCCUCGGCGCCACCAGACGAUGGCGAGGAUGCGCGCGUCGAGCAGCAGCAGCAGCAGCAACAACAUCAUCGAGAUAAAGAAAAGCCGCUGCCCACGUUUCAGAUAUUGCUGCUGUGCUAUGCACGGCUGAUGGAGCCCAUUGCCUUUUACUCCAUCUUCCCAUACAUUGCCCAGAUGGUCCAACGCAACGCACACGUGGCAGACGCCGACGUCGGAUUCUACAGCGGCGCCAUAGAGUCACUAUUCUCCAUGGCUCAGAUGGCCGUCAUGAUGCUCUGGAGCUCCCUGGCGAACCGCUUCGGCCGCAAGCCAAUGCUCGUGUACAGCCUCGUCGGCAUGGCUGUUGGGCCUGCCCUGUUCGGCAUGGCCACGACGCUCUGGCAGAUGAUCUUGUUUCGGUGCCUCACGGGCGUCUUUUCAAGCGCCGAUCUCAUAAUACGCACCAUGGUCGGGGAGCACUGCACGACGCAGACGCAGGCCCGGGCCUUUAGCUGGUACUCAUUUGCCAGCAACAUGGGCGUCCUCGUCGGGCCCAUAGUUGGAGGUGCCUUGGCGGACCCGGCGAGCCAGUAUCCCUCCGUCUUUGGCGGCAUCGAGUUUUUCGACCGGUAUGCCUAUGCACUGCCGGGAUUCGUCGUGGCGGCGAUUGGUGUCACGGGCGCUGUUAGCUCCGCCGUCUUUCUCGACGAGACGCUGCAAAAGUCGUCCUCGUCCUCGUCCUUGGUCCAGCAACGAGUACCCGAGCAGGCUUCGACGUGGCAGCUGAUAAAGGGUCCGGGGGUGGCCAUUGUCCUCUUCAUCUAUGGGCAAGUCAUGCUGCUUUCGUAUGCCUUUGUGGCCCUGCUCCCGAUCGCACUUUACACGUCCGUUGAUCUGGGCGGCAUGGGCUGCUCGCCCUCUGAAAUCACAAUCUACAUGACCAUACAGGGCGGCAGCGAGGCGUUGUGGCUCCUGAUUGUAUUCCCCUUGCUGCAGCGUCGAAUCGGGACCAAGGGCGUCUUGGCAGUCUGCGCCGUCGCAUUCCCGCUCUUCUUUGCCGGUUACAUCGUCAUAAACGCCCUGCUAAGACAACAAGAAGGCCAUGGCCAUCAUAUGGGCGUUUUGACAUGGGUCGUUGGGUGCAUCGUCGCGUUCGUCGGGCCAGGCGUCUGGAUGGCCUUCACAGGGGUGCAGCUUGCUAUCAACAAGGUCUCUCCGAACCCCAGAGCCCUGGGCACGCUUAAUGCCGUUGCAGAAUCAUGCUCUGGCAUUGUCCGAUCUUUUGUUCCUGGGCUGUCUACAUCAAUAUUUGCAGUGGGCGUCCGUGAGCAAAUAUUGCUGGGCUACCUGGCCUGGGUGGUGCUCAUAGUGCUUUCCGUGGUUCUUAUCCUUUGUCUUAGGUGGCUGCCGAGUGAGAUGUUUAGAGAUGAAAAGCAAAGGCUCUAA